AUGGCUCCUUCCAAGGAUGCACAAGGCCCGCCAUAUAUACCCAUGGUAUGGCCUUUAGGUGGACUGCCGGUGAAGGGCGUCGAUGUUCCUGCACAAACAGUUUUCAUGAUCUUCUUCAUAAUAGGAGCGGCGGUACACAUGACCAUCUUUCGAAAGAACAAAGCAAGAGGUCAUAAGUUUUUACCAAAUCUUUUCAUCUUUGGUAUGACAACAGUUGUGCAAUUCUGGAACUACGGACUGAUGAUUGUGCUAGGAUUCUGCAUGGAGCGCAUAUUAACGUCAAUAGUACGCAUUGCAUCAGUGUGCAACCCAAAAAACCCGACAUUUGCUAUCGCAGCGCAAAUUUUAGUUGCAGCAGGUGUACUCAUACUCUUUAUUAUCAAUCUCAUCUUCGCCAUGCGCCUCGUUAGGUCUACACACUCUUCAGUCGGCUGGCAUCCUGCAUUUGGCAUUGCUUUCAAGGUUCUCUGUGUCGUGAUUGGGCUGGCACUCAUCGCAGUCAUCGCGUCCACAGUCCAGAGCUUUUACACUCUCGACCCUGAUAUUAGGGCUAUGGACCACAGUUUCCAACAAUUUGGCGCAACGUUCCUCGCCAUCGUCGCUACGCUUCCACUGCCAAUGACCAUGAUUACGCUACUCAUUCCGUAUUCACCGCUCGACCGCUUCGGAAUCGGCCGACUUCGUACAAAGGUCAUUGUUCUGCUCAUUAGUACAACACUACUUUCCAUCGGUGCCUGGUUCCGCUGUGGUGUCGCCUUCCAAACACCAGUGGCACGGACAGCACCUAUGCCAGGAUACCUCGCCAAAGCACCGUUUUAUCUUCUCAAUUUCCUGGUAGAACUUCAGACAGUACUAAUGUACGCAAUCCUACGCGUAGAUCUCCGUUGGUACAUACCCAAUGGCGCAAAAGGACCGGGCAGCUACGCUAGACCGAAUGCGCAGCAAGACUUGGAAAUGCAGGAUUCACGGCCAACAUCUUCAGACACCGUGGAAGAGGCCAGGAAGGAGCAAGCGGAUUCCGAGUCGAUAAGGUCAAUGAAUUCUUUGAAGACAGCCACCGAAAUUGAAGAAGAAGAGUUGGCUGGAGAGAAAUUCCCCAUCUCGCCCAUAGCGCCCACGAUAGAGAUUGAUAUCGGGAAAGGCCUAAGCGACGACCUUGCCAUACCCGGAAUAACGACAACACUAGCAAGGAACUCGAACAGCGAAUCCCUCGCACCACCCAUUGCAGAAAUGAAAUCAGCACGCAGCUCUAUACUUUCAGAACGCCUUUCUCGGAUGUUCACCAAAUCCACUGACUCGAUGGCUUCUUACACCACGGCCGAACCCAGACAAGAAAGCGAAGAAGCAAGAAUUGUUAGAAGACUGGGAGGCCCUUGGGAGCAACUCGACAGUCCCACGGAUUCGGAAAUCAAUCUAAGCAGAAGGUCGUCAAAGAGCAGCGUCUUCAGCCGCACCACCGCAGACGGCGAAGAAGCCAAUCUGGACCCUCCACGCCCAUACUCGCAUCACAGGAGUGAUUCCGGCGCGCCUAGUAUCCCAGAUGUGGUGAAUGAGGGCGGCUGGACCCCCAAGAUUGAGUGGGGGUUCAAUAACCCGAAGAGGUUUCUCAGUCUGAAGAAGAGGAGUAUGGUUGGCCUGCAGGUACCGAAGAGGAAGGGGAUGGGUUCAAACUCUACUUUGAAUGAGCAGUUGUAA